ACCAAACCAUAAUUAAAGUCUGAAAUAUGGUAAAUUUUGAAAAAAUCACAUAUUACGCUUCGCUUCUUCUUAUUGUUUUAUCCGUCAAGGUUACAGGCCGGUUGUUACAUCACGGUAAUUCUGAGUUAAUUUCAGAUGGCACCAAAGAACCAACUUCAGAAAAUCCAUCAUCAUUCUUGUAUCUCAAAGAAACUGAUUUUCCUAAAGAGCAUUGUGAGCAAAUGUAUGGUUUUCUGCCAUGUUCAGAAACUCUUUUAGGUCAUCUCUUCCUUAUUGUUGUUUACGAGUACUUGUUGUAUCACGGCGAAUCAUAUGUUGCUUCUGGAGGUAAACGAAUAUUCAAGAUUCUUGGUCCUGGGAUCUUUGGUGCAAGUGCUUUUCAUGUCCUCGGUUUCCUUCCUGAAUCAUUAAUACUUCUCACAUCUGGACUUUCAAACACGAAAGAUGUAGCUCAAGAGUAUGUCCUAACGGGAGUUGGAUUGCUAGCUGGAUCAACGAUACUUCUUCUCACUUUAAUAUGGGGAACUUGUGUCGUCAUUGGUAGUCGAAAGUUUGAUGGUGAAUCAAGUUCUAGUUCUUCAGUGAAUUCUAUACAAAAUCCAUAUGAAAAAGCAUUGUCACUUUUGACAGAGACUGGUGUAAAUACAGAUCAAGAAACAAGUUGGGCAGCCAAACUUAUGAUUCUUUCGGUUUUCCCAUUUACACUUCUCCUGAUUCCCGAACUAUUUGGUGUAGAUUCGUCUCAGGGGUACAUCUUCGUAAUCGCUCUUCCUGUUUCUGUCAUGUUCUUGCUCACAUACUUCAUUUAUCAGGUACUCGAGCCUUCAAUCCAAAAAAGAAGAUUGUCAUACGUUAAACACGAGCAUUUAGUUGUAGACAUACUGAAACAUCUACAAGAACACACUACAGAAAAAUUACUCACUGAAGAUGGUUCAGCAAAUCUAGCUGCAAUAAAAAGUUUCUUUACAAAGAUUGAUCAAGAUGGCGACAGUUACAUAUCGUUUUCUGAACUUAAAGAGCUUCUCCAGGAUAUUAAGUUCAGGCAAUUAAGUUGGAACAAGGAUAAAACAAUGGAAGAAAUAUUGAAAGAAUUUGAUAAAGAUUCUGAUUGUAAAGUCUCCAUGGAAGAAUUUGUUGAUAGAUUCACAAAAUGGCUCGAUGAGACAAAGGGUGCGGUGGAUAAUCGACCAUAUCGAUCAGUUAGCUCGUGGAAGGAUUUAUAUCAAAUUGUCCAACCAUGGGUUCAGACGAAAAAGAAAGAACAAGAAAUGAUGAAGAUCCUGGUAUCCGAAAUUAUUCGACAUGCUCGAAGCCUUCCUUUAGGAAACUUUUACAACGAUAAUGGAACACCAAACGUAUCUGUGAUAAAGGGGUUAUUUAGAAGGAUUGAUCUUGAUAAAGAUAAUUGUUUAUCGCAAUCUGAAUUGAAGAGAUUGAUCAUGGAAGUAGAUUCUGAGAAGAUGCAAUGGAAUGUAAAUGAAGCAACAGAUCAAAUAAUGCAAGAUCUUGACAGAAGUGGAGAUCAGAAAGUUGAUGAAAAAGAGUUCAUAGAUGGAUUUAAAGAAUGGCUCCACAUGUCCAACGGUGAAACUCUUUCCAGCACACCUAGUACUGAAAGUGAUUCAUCCCUGAAACCAUGGGAAAGAUGGACAGAUGAUGGAAUAGAUAGAUCUAGUUGGGCCUGGACAAAGGCCAUAAUGUUGCUGGUGCUUGGGAUAGCCAUGUUAGCACUUCUAGCUGAGCCUCUGAUACACAGUGUUCAGAAUGUAUCAAGUGCCGCAAACAUACCCUCAUUUUUCAUAUCUUUUAUUCUAGUUCCCUUGGCUACUAAUGCUAGAACAGCGAUCUCGGCCGUCCAAACUGCAAAUCAAAGAAAAGAACGAACGACUUCAUUGACUUUCUCCGAGCUAUACAACGGUGUGUUCAUGAACAAUGUUCUUGGAUUUUCGGUUCUUUUGGCAGUUAUAUAUUUCCGAGGUUUGACUUGGGAUUUCUCCGGUGAAGUGUUGGCUGUGCUGACCGUUUGUAUCAUUGUGGGUGUGACAAGUAGCUUUAGCUCGAAGUUGCCAAUAUGGACUUCGUUCAUAGCAUACAUGCUCUAUCCCUUAUCUUUGAUCUUCGUUUACAUUUUUAAUAAAUUGUAACUUAGAAGGGGCAAAAGGAAAUUCAUUCAUUCUUUUGUUUAUUUGUAGCAGAAUUAUUCUUGAUAUUGUAUCAUAUAAAUUGAUAUUUAAUAAGACCUGGCAAUCUUAGCCCACCUCUUUAAAUC